GUUCUAUAUGAUGAUACAAAAUGUGUACUGAUUAGCAAUCGUCUGGUUGUGAGUUAGUAGGAAGUUCACGUGAUACUUACCAGUGUAAGAAUAUAUAGAGCUCUUCCCACUUGGAAUUUCUGGUUUGGAGUACACAUAUCCAUUCUCAGCAUAGCCAAGCAUCUUUAAUUGCCGCCAGUAUGGUCAAAAUCGCAAUAGCUGGUGGCUCGGGGCACAUCGCCAGUGAAGUCAUUGACGUCUUGGCAGCUACCAAGAAGCAUGAAAUUAUGAUACUCUCCCGCAAGGAACCUGCUACUGCUGAGACGAGAACGGGUGUUUCUUGGGUCAAGACGGACUACUCAGAAGAGAAACAGCUCACGAAGAUUCUCGAAGGCGUGCAUACUGUUCUUUCGUUCACGGUGGCACACUUGGACCCAAGUAAUACUGUGCAGAAGAUGUUGGUCACUGCUUCAAUUGCGGCUGGUGUGAAGCGUUUUGCUCCAAGCGAAUGGUCGAGUGCCAGCCUCGAGGAAUUGCCGUGGUACGCGCCGAAGGGCGAAAUGAGAGAAUAUCUAGCAAACAUCAACAAGGACAAGAAGGUUCUCGAGUACACUCUGUUCCAGCCUGGGAUGCUUACAGACUACGUUGCACCUGAAGGCACCAGCAAGCACCUAGUGCCUCCUGAACUCUGGAUGGACUUCCCAAAUCGCCGAGCAAUUACCCUUGAUGGGAAGGAAGGUUUUGUCACUUUGACCACCAUGAAGGACGUCGCCAACAUCGUAGCUCGAGCUAUCGAGUACACUGGCGAGUGGCCUGUAGUUGGUGGGAUUCGUGGAACUGAUGUAUCCAUGUCGAAGUUGCUAGAAAUCGGGAUCAAAGUGCGAGGAGGAAAGCCAUGGGACAUCACCGCUCUGAAACUAGAAGAUGUACAAGCCGGAAAUCUUCAUACAUCAUGGGCCCCAACAUUCCACGACCCCAAUUUGCCUCAAGAACAAAUUGAUAUGUUUUCCAAGGUGAUCCUCAGGGGCUGUCUUCUGAGUAGUCUCACUAAGUCCUGGGUUGUGUCUGAUGACUUCAAUCGACUGUUUCCAGACCACAAAUUUGCGGAUCUUGAGGAGUUCCUUGCAGAGGCCUGGGCCGGGAAGCCUCGACGUAGAUGGCAGCAGAUGGGAAGUUCAGAUGGUAUCUAGCUACGUGGGAAGUCUGGGCCUGUCUCGUUGGUAAAAGUGCAGAUGAAAAAAGGAAGAAGAGGAAGAAACGGAGAACGCUGUACCUACCUAAAAAU